GAAUCUUCCACAAAAUCGGGUGUAGGUGUGGCAAAACGAAAGAAAAAACCCGAAACUCCUCUAGUCAUCGAUUUUAGUGAACAUUUGGCAUAGAUUUUAGUGAACAUUGGGAUGCUGUAACCAGCAUACGCUUUCAGGCUUUUUUAUAAAAACGUUUUGGGCAACGCGUCUUGAUCAAGGCCGCGAGCUGUCAUCAAGUAUUACCUGGCGGCGGCGGCGGCGGCUGCGCGCGCUCUAUCGCCAGUGAAAAUCGCAGUUUUCAUAGACAAAAUCAGCAGCGAUGGGAAAAGUAUGUUUUCUCUGCAAAAGCUCCGUGGACGAUGAGGUACAGUAUGGAAAGUUCUACACGAAAUGGAAACUGAGUGUGCACUACUACUGUCUGCUGUUGUCAUCCAAUUUGAUCCAGAACGGGGCUGAUGAUACGGUCGGUAUUUUCGGCUUCCUGGAGCAGGACAUACGGAAGGAGAAUGAGCGCACGAAGCGCUACCGUUGCUUUGCCUGCAAGGAAAAUCAUGCGAACGUGUCGUGCUGCUUCAAAAAGUGUCUGCGGGUGUUUCAUACCGAGUGCGGCUUCAAGAAUGGCUGCUUGUCGCACUACACGGGUACGUACCAGUCCUGGUGCCCGCUGCACAUACCGCUGAAAAAGGAACGCAAACCACACGGUCCGGAAGAUUCGUGUGCGAUCUGUUUCGAUGCGAUGGGAGCGUACGAUAGAAUCGAGUCGGUCCGGGCACCCUGCUGCCAGAACGGAUGGUUCCAUCUGCGGUGCGUUCGGCAGCUCGCCCUAGCGGCCGGCUAUUUUCUCAAGUGUCCGUUGUGCAAUAAUGUGGACGAGUUCACCAAAGCCAUGCCACUCCGGGGCGUGUUUGUACCGGAGCGGGAUGCGGCCUGGGAGCUAGAACCAAACGCGUUCCAGGAGCAGCUGGAGCGACCGUCGGAGUGUGACGCGGAACGUUGCCGAUGCAGCGAUGGGCGCACCGUAGACAAUCGGGCUUGGUCGUUACUGAUUUGUGGCUGCUGUGGAUCGACUUCACGCCACCGGGAGUGUAUGGAGGAGCCGGACUCGAGGGUGUACGUUUGCCAGCAGUGCAAACCGAUCAUGGGAGACAGGGUUCCCGAGCCAGAGGAGGAUGACGACGAUGAUAAAGACUCCUCCUCUGAUACCUACGCUUCAUGUGAAAGCUCCCGAGAAGGAGAAGAAGAUGAAGAAGAAGAAGAAACGGUUGCAGUGAAGCGAAUGGACCCGGCUUCUGCUGGUUCCGAAUCGGGGGUCCAGUGUUCCAGUAGCGAGGAAUCGUUGCAACCGAUACGGCUACGAAAGCGGAAACCAAAUCAAGCACGCAUCGCAUCGGAUUCGGACACUGCCCCUUCGGAAGCAAGCUCUGAAAGCCUUCGGCGUAGCACGAGAAGAACGGUGCGGAGAAGAGCGAUCAAACGGCUGCUAUCCGACGAGUCCGAACCUACGGCCACACAUCCGGAGCAACAACAGUCAACCGUACUAGAGACCACGAAACGUACUAAGGGCAAACGGCAACGUCAAACGUCCGCGAAGCCCAUCGUGCAGCAAGACGACUGCUCGAACUCGUCCGGCACGUCAUCGCUAAGCAACUGUCCCCGCCGGAAACGUCGCAGUCUUCGCCAGUCGAAGCGUAAGGCCAUGAACGCGAUGGACGAGCAUCUGCAUCUUUCCAAGUUGCUGUCCGAUACGGAGAGCGUGACGAGGGAUUCCUCACCGGCCGGAAGCACUGACUGGUGUCCCUCGCGUACCACCACCGGUGCGUCAAAGAAGCGGCGAACGGACGCUGAGAAAACCAUCGGCAAACGUCGGCUGACGAUCGCCAGCAGUUCUUCGAGUGAUUCCGAUUCCAGUUUGCCAAUUCUGCCCGCCGCCAAGCGUCGGCGUGGUGCCGAGGUAGCCAGCAAAACGGGCGAACGCGGUUCACUACGGACCGUAAACAGUUCCGUCUCGGAUGGUGGGGCAGAUGAAGAAAACAUCAAUCCGCAACUGGGCUCGCCGGUGGAUGCGGCCGGGCCGACCCCACCAUCACCGCCAUCGGUUCCGGAAACCGUUAAACAAGCGUGUACAAGCGAUGCUUCCGUGCAGGGAAGCUCCAACUUGAACCGCUCCGGGGGCGAAGUUCAUCAGAGCUCCAUUUUAAACUACUUCCAUGGCCAUUCAUCGUCUAAAACGAUCCCUGACGCCUGUGCGGGCACUUCGGCCGGAAAAGAUCACUCCAGGGCGUCAAAGCUACGAUCACCGACUGAGCGCACCUCACACAAGAAGCAGAUCCCCACCGGUCAGCGAGAUCUACUGAAAUAUUUUAAUCGAUGUUAAAGGAUAUGCCCUAGCUUACCAUUGUAUAGUAGUUGGCUGCAUUAGAAAAAUCAAUAGCCCGGAACCCGGCUGUAUAGAAAUCUGCGGUAGACGCGUUGUGCUCCAAGGAGUGGAGGGGCGCCGCCAAACCAAAUGUUAGUGCUCGAAGGUGGCGGGCGACUUCAGCAGGUACCGAGACUCGUGGGGUAACGGAAUGGACGCCUGCAGAAGAUUGCGGCGCCUGUGAUUGAUACAAUUUGUUAAACGGGUAUCCACAGACACAGAUAAUGGCGGCGGCUUGGCGACUGCACUGCGCGCGCACACAUCACGCGCCUCUGCCACAGCACUACACAACACGUAAAUUCUUGCGCUGUAAUUGUUCAGAUUUUUUUUUUGUAGCUGUUUAACGUGCUCACGUUUAAAAGACUCUAUUUGUAUAAUAAAGUUAUUGCA